CAGUAAACGGCGACCGUUAACUGACCAUUUUCUGACCAUGGACGUUUUCAGACGAUCUUUGGACCGUGAAACGGCCACACUAAAAACCGCAAGUUAACGGCUUGUUUACUGGGCGUAUUUUUGCCGUUUUCAUAAUGUUAACGCGCCGUUUUUUCUGUGACCGUUUACUGGAGGUUAACUGACCGUUAACGGGCCGUUUUUUUGGAUCUGGGCAUCAUUGAAAAAAAUUUAAAAACUAAACAUCACUAGGAAUGUACUGGUAAAUCGUCAAAAUGUACGGUUCUUUCUGGUUUAAGGAUAAGCUUGAAAGACGACUGAUUAUUACAUCUGAGAGUAUCUGAAACGCUCUUUCGAAUGUUCCCUUUAUUCAGUUUCUGUGAAGAAAUAACCGUUUAUUUGAGGACCGUUAGAAAAUCAGUUUAUUAGCGUUCAUUGCCAACUCUUGAAUUAACAGAUGAACUUUUUCCAGUUUUUGAAUUGUAAAAUGAUCUUCAUUCAAUUCUACUUCUGAUGUGAAACAAAAACUAAUCUCAUUCACUUUGUAUUUUAUCUGGCGCUUUUGCUGACGUCCCCAACUGUUACACGUAAAAUGUCUAUUUUUCAGUAAAUCACAAAAAGGUAACUUGAAAACUCUUAAGGAGAUCAGACCCAUAGACUUUUUCACGGGCUAUUUUUUCGUGUAUUUAGUUUCAGCAAAAAUUCAUUAUUUUUGACAUCAGUGAACUGUUUUUAGGCCGUUUUUUUCAUAUACAUGAUUAUAGAUGCUUUUGACCGUAAAUAGGCCAUUAACGAUUAGUUAACGGACCGUUUUUAGACCGUUUUUCACAUGCAUGAUUAUAGAUGCUUUUGACCGUAAAUAGGCCGUUAAUGGCCAGUUAACGGACCGUUUUUUUGGACUUUAUGCUAAAGUGAUUUUAGAAUGAUUUUUCAAUGUUUCAUGACACAUAGAGUACUUCAGGGUAAUUACAGACACUCUUGGAAAUUGUCGAUCUGUUUUUGCCAUUUCUUGACCGCUUUUGAUCGGAAAAGCUUGCUAUGAAACACGGUGGUAGACCGAACGUUUUUCUACAUGCUCACGUAAAAAUCUUUUGAAAAUUUCCGAUCAGUUUUGAGCCAAAUCCAGGAGAUAAUUAGUUUAAAAAACCUCAUUUCAUAGCCUGGACUUCUCUCUAUGUACCAUAUUGUUUUGAGCUCAUUAUCAUCUAAAGUCGUUCAGCCAGUUAGCAUAUAAUCAACAGAACUAGAAAUUCUUUUUAUGCUCUGCGGUAAAUAGAGACACUCGUGUAAUUGUGAAAACUACGGAAGAUAACACCAAAUUAUCCGACAUAUGUCCCAUUUCAAGGACUCAUAUCAUCUUGUAUAUGCACGCUAUGCCAAAGUCGCAAUUCAACUUGUGAGUUCCACAGAAAUUGUUAUAAGCCUCCGAUAAAGAAAUACUCAAAGUCGCCGAAUGUCUCAUUUUUUAGAGAAAUGUUUGGAUUACAAUCGCCUAUACAUAAAAAUAUUUCGAAGUUAUCUGUAAUGCUCACAUUUUUGUUAGAAAUAACUUCAUAUUUCUUUUCACAGUCGAGUAUUUAAGAAGAAACAUUUCUCUACAAAAUGCGACGUUCUGCGACUCCGAGUAAUUCUUUAUAGGCGACUUAUAGCAAUUUUCGCUGAAGCUCGAACAACAGUUUUUAACUGGUGCAAAGUUUUUCAGAAAAUUGGAAAAUACGAAAAUUUGGGAAAAUUCACGUUUUUCUUCGUAUGAGAUAUAAAUAAAAAUAAAAUAAAAUAUUCCCGCGAACAGCAUGGUCGGUGCUGUGGCGGAGCUUCGCUUAAAAGCUAAAAGCUAUUUUACCUACUUUUUGGUAUAAAUCCUACCAUAACGGACUCCAAACUCCUACUCUUUGAUUUUUGCGAUUACGAAGCCUGCGAAAUUGAUCAAUCUUGAAAUUUUAUGGUUUUUCAACAAAGCGAUUUCUAACAGAAUGGAAAACAGUAAUAGACGCAGUUUUUCAUUGUGCAUCUAAUCAUAUACUGUUUAUCUAAUUUUGAGUUCGGUGAAUGUUCACUAAAUAUUGACGAGAUUUCUCAAAAUUGUUCUUUGUUUUAGAUGAACCCUUUCUUAGAGUAAUACAGUUAUUAAAAUAUUUCCCUCCAUAAUUGUUAUGAUCAGAUCCACAGAUGUAAUGAAAGGCUUAGGGUAAUUUUUGUAGUGAACAGAAUAGUCCUCUUUUAAAAGAAAAAAUUAAGUCAUGGAUGCAAAACAUAAAAAGCGAUUAAAAAAUGCUAAGUAAAUCAUUCUUUUAUGCUCAUUCGUUAAGAAAUUUAUUUGUAAUACAACUGAAAGCACAACUUCUGCUCAAAACGUGUACAACGCUAACCAUUCAGUUAUGUACAUAUAUAUAACGACAUUUUUAUUUAGCCGCACGUCUGACGAAUAUAUAAAACUUGCAUGAAGAAUAAAAGGUAGUUAUGACAAUACAUCGGCGAAGUAAAAGUGACGCAAUCGUGUAUCAAACGAGACUUACUCUAGGGCAAGUAAUGAUGAAAGUAUCGAAGAAGAUGCUGAUUAUGAUAUGUAUCAAAAAGUAUUUGAAGAUCUAAAAAGAAAUGACAUAGAUAUUAAAUUGAGUGAUAUCAGUGCGAUUUCUUCAGAUUCUAAGAGUAAUAAUACUGUUGCUGUUGUUGAAAAUAAAGAUGGUUUAUUGACAACAAGCAAAAUUUGUUUAAAAAUUACCGAUGGCGGGUUGAUCGGAUAUUUAAUUGAAUUAAAAAAUGAACUAAUCAGUGUACAUUAUGUUGACGCUUGGUUUGUUUGUAGUACAUGUGUGUAUAAUUGUGGCCUAACAACGUUAGAUUCUGCCAAAUUAUCACGUGCAUCACAAAUACUUUUAAUGUUUGCCACAUUUUUUAGCGGUUUUACAAUGAGUACAUUGCCUGCUUUGGUUAUAAAAACUCGAACUCAUAAGAAAGUAGAAGGUAUCACUGUUGAUAAUGAUCACGGAGAUGAGAAAGAUGACUCAUUGCCUCAGGUAAAUUUAACCAGCAAUAAUCUAUCUUCAAAUGUCACUGAAAAAUUAAGAAUAUUACCUACAGCCGAACAGUUACGUUAUCGAGCCUAUAUGUUGACGAUUUUUCUUACAUUAAUUGCAUGUUUUACAAUUUAUGGAAUAGCGUUUGUUGUUAUCGGUGCAUGGGUAAGUAAUAAAUAUGAAACUCAUUAUCUAUCACAGGAUGAUGAAACACCAUUUGAACUAGAAUGGAUAACAUUACACUGUAAAAAAUUAAGUGGGUUACCAGUGAGUAAAAUCGUCUCAGUAGGUGCUGUCAAUGAAGUUGUCGGCGAUAAAGCAUUUGAUGAUUGUUAUCGAGCAAUGACUCCAAAGUGUCAAAGAACAAGAGGAGCAAAAGCAAAAGCAAUUUGUUGGGCUGCUAUUGCUGCUUAUUGUGCAUCAAAAGGAUAG